AUGAACUCGAGAAAACUUAGAUCUAGAAACUCAACCUCUAGUAUAUCAAAACCAUGUUACUUUGACUUUACCAACCUCAGCUGGUUUGUUCAGGACAUUUUAUUUGAUAAACAUGCUCAGUCUCCAUUAUUUGAGUACUAUAAAAACGAAGAGGAAAUUACUAUAAAACCAAUGCCAACGAAUGCAGUUGCACUUGCCCAUUCCACCGUUACCCCCUUCUCCAAAAAUGACCCCUUGUCUGACUCCAUAUACUUGAUAUUUCAUCGGAAAAUGAAAAAGGAUGAGAAGCAAAUCUUUAAUGAUGAGAAAAUAAGACACUUGGCGGAACUAGAUACACUUCAACACUAUUCGCGGUUGCUAGCCCUGGAUGAUUGGAUUAAAUAUCUUCCAGAAAUUACAAAAAUCAAAGACCCAAUGAGCCUAGAGGAGUUGGAGUACAAAAGAGAGUUGACACAAACAGAGAUUCAAAAUGUGCUUAGCAAUCAAGCUCAAUUAAGGAAAAAGAUGGACCAGUUUACAACUAUGAUGAAAAAAGAAGCAAAACAAACGAGUAGGGACGAUGGUAGUGGUGAACAACAAGCAAAAGAAGAAGAAGAAGAAGAAGAAGAAGAAGAAGAAGAAGAAGAAGAAGAAGACCGAAAAAUAAAAGAAAAAGAUAAUGAUAAUGAGUACACAAUUGCAAUGGAAAACACUAAAAGGAUAGAAAAGGGCCAAUCAAGAGUAUCCGUGAAAAAACAAAUUAGCAGCAAAUCAAAAAAGUCCCGCUUGGAACCGACGAAACCACCAUUAAAACUUCUGGGUCAUAAAACAAUACUGAAAACACGUUGUAAAUUAGACGACUUGGUCAAUCCCAUUGAUGUCAAACUAUUGGUUAGCGAUACUCCAGAGAGUUUUCUAUUUGGAUGCGAUUUACAAGACAUGCCCGUUUCUUCAAAGGGAUUUCAGCUACCUCAAAGUUUACGGAGAAUGUGUAAAUAA